CUCCGCGUCUCCCGCGUGCCCUUUCCACUUCCGCACAGCAGCCAGCCAGCCUUCCUGCCUUCCUUCCUUCCCUCCUCCUCCCCCCCUCAUCCCUCCUCCCCGGCCUGGGGCUGCGGAGCAAGAAGAGAGACGGAUUAAAGACACACAAGAGUCUUCAUGGAUAUAGUUGAUACAUUUAAUCAUUUAAUUCCUACUGAACACUUAGAUGAUGCCCUAUUUCUAGGAUCCAACCUGGAGAAUGAAGUCUGUGAGGAUUUUAGUACAAGUCAAAAUGUCUUAGAGGAUUCGCUGAAGAACAUGCUCAGUGAUAAGGACCCUAUGCUAGGAUCUGCAAGUGCUCAGUUCUGUUUGCCUGUUUUGGAUAGCACUGAUCCCAAUUUCCAGAUGCCUUGUUCAACAGUUGUUGGACUUGAUGAUAUUAUGGAUGAAGGAGUUAAGGAAACUGCCUGCCGUACCAUUGAUGAAGAUGAUCUUUCACCUAACAGGAAUUUGAGGGACCAAAUGGAUGGAACGUCAGUCAAAUCGCCAAGAAAAUCUCCACGUCUAAUGACGCAAGAACCAGUACGAAGUCUGCGGCAGAGCACACUAGCCAAACGUUCAAACGCGUCACCAUCUGUUAACCCCAAAAAAUCAGCUGUGAAGUCUGGAUCUGCUCAAAAGGGAGGACUGAAACAGCAGGAUAAAGGGCAGACUAAAUCGGAAAAUAGUAGUGCCAAAGAGCAUUCAAGAGAUCCUGAGCACAGUCAUAAUGAAUCCUGCCAAGAACAAGAGGCACUAGAAGUAUCCCCACCACCACCUUCUAGCAAUGCAGAAUGGGUUGCAUGUUGUGCAACUUCAGAUGAAGUGAAAGCAGAUAGUGAACAUAAAAUUCCUAAUCAGGCAAAAAUUGAGGAAGCAGCUAAUGAAGUAGGGAAUUCUUCUCACUUACCAGGGACCAGUUCCCCAACUAAAGAAACUGAAAGCGUGACAAAAGUUGUGCUACCCUAUGGUAGUGAUGGAGUAGGUUUGGAAGUAUCUGCCUUUACAGAAACUAAUAAAAUACAAAAUAGCAGUCUAGUUAAAAAUGAAGGGAAUGAGACCAUGGUUAAUAAAUUCACCUCUGAAAUGCCUUCAGAUGAAAAGGCAAACACUAAAACUGAGGAGCUGAAUGAAGCUAAACUGGAUGAGGAAAGCAAGGAAACAGGGAAGGCUGAUACUCCUUUUGUUACAACAGCUUAUGAGAGUGCAAGUGAAAUUCAGGAAACCCCUUCAGUUCAGCCCAGUUUUGUAGAUGGAAAGCCUGCCUGUGGCUCAAGCUUGCCAGCUCAUCAGAUCAGCUUGCCAGAUGCCGAAAAAGAGCCCUCAGAUGACUCUAGAAAGGCUGAGUUGAAAGAUCUUCCUUUAGGUAGCAUGGAACUUGACCAGAUUGAUUCAAAAGGUGUUAAUACCACUUCUGCCGAAUCAGAAACAAAUACUUUAGAAGAUGGUAUUGCUCAGUACAUUCCAGUCCAAGCUAUACAUCAGGAGUCUGACAGUGUAAAAAUGGGAGUGCAUGAGUCACCAGGCUUGCAGGAAGAUGGGCAUACUGGCAUUUCAUCAAAAUGUGUAAAAAAUUUGAAGCCCAAGCACCCCAGGUCUAAACAAAACAAAACUACAGCUGCCCAACAGAAAACAGCUUCCGUAAACCAAGAGCUACACAACAAAACACAUACUGUGUCAUCUGUUUGCAGCCAGUCUUCAGUAAGUCUGAAACAUCAAGUGGAGGAGCGUGGGGAUCUCCAGCAUUUUCAUAAGCCAGUGAAAGUUAAGAAAAAACAUGCAGAUAAAGAUGUGAAGGCCCAGGGCUGCGAAUCUGGAAUUGCCUUAAAGAAGCCUCUGCAAUUGUUAGGGAAAAACAUUCCACGGGGCCAAAUCUCACCACAGGUACGGAAGGUGUCCACAGAGAGAGCAAGCGACAAGUCUUUCAGCCAUCAUGCGGGUUCAAAAGAAAUAUCACACACAGUGUCGGGACCAGCAUAUCCUAAACAGGGGCAAUUGGCACACCACAACCAGAAGCAGUUACCGAAACACCCCGUUCUUAAAACCAAUAAUUGUGUUAAAGAAGAAGGAGGGAAAAGAGAUUCCGCAGGUGUGCCUCUGGAUAAUUUGAAAGAGGAUGAAAAAGAGAAACUGAAACUCAGAAAGUUAGAGAGGAAUCUUCAGCCUCGACAGAGGAGAAGCAGUAGAAGCCUUUCAGUAGAUGAGCCUCCAUUGUUCAUUCCAGAUAAUAUCUCUACUAUAAAACGAGAGAGCUCGGAUCACCUAUCUCCCAGUGAGAGCAAAAGUCUUUGGGUACCUAGUAAGCAGUGUGGGUUUUGCAGAAAACCACAUGGCAACAGGUUUAUGGUAGGCUGUGGCAGGUGUGAUGAUUGGUUUCAUGGUGACUGUGUUGGUCUGAGUCUUUCUCAAGCACAGCAAAUGGGAGAAGAAGACAAAGAAUACGUAUGUAUAAAAUGUUGUGCUGCAGAAGACAAAAAACCCGACCCAGUCAAUCAAAAUAAACUGGAUGCACAAGUGAAACCGGAAACAACACAAGAAGGUAGAAUGAUGGAGUGCGAAAAGCCUGGAAUAGCAAAACAAAUCUCCAUGUGUCCACAAAGUAAAACAAAGCAGGGAGAAGAGACUGUGAAGCACAAGGUCAAAAUUUUUAAAAGGGAAUCUGGUGAUGGAAAACCAGUAACAGAAUGCAGAGAUUCUGAGAUGAAAAAAAGGCAGCAAAUUCCUGUUAGGAAAACAGGACAAAUGGUUGCAUGUCCUCAGCGAUCAUCGGAAGACAAACACGAAAGGAUGAAUAAAGACAAUCUUAAUGUCUCUUGUUCAAGUGAAAGCACAACAAAAACCGGUGUUCAGGAUAAACAGGAAGUAAAGAAAAAGAAAAUGGAGAAGGGAGCAACCAGUAAUGUACACCCAGCUACUGCCCCUGCAUCCAAACCUUCUGCUGAUCAAAUAAGGCAAAGUGUUCGGCAGUCUCUUAAAGAAAUCCUGGAGAAAAGGCUUGCAGACUCCACACUGAAGAUCCCUGAAGAAAGAGCAGCAAAAGUUGCAACUAAAAUUGAAAAAGAACUAUUUUCUUUUUUCCGAGAUACUGAUUCCAAGUAUAAGAAUAAGUACAGAAGCUUGAUAUUCAAUCUGAAAGAUCCCAAAAACAAUAUACUGUUCAAAAGAGUAUUGAAAGGUGAAGUAACUCCAGACCAUCUCAUAAGAAUGAGUCCGGAAGAGCUGGCUUCCAAAGAACUAGCUGCAUGGAGGAAAAGAGAAAACAGACAUACAAUUGAAAUGAUUGAAAAAGAGCAGAGGGAAGUGGAAAUACGACCAAUCACAAAAAUUACUCAUAAAGGAGAAAUAGAAAUUGAGAGCGAGGCACCAGUAAAGGAGCAAGAAGCACCAAUGGAAAUUCAGGAAACCCCUCCAGUUAAGAUUGUGGAGAAAAUGGAACAGAUUGAAAAAGAUAAAGAAGUGGAUGAAUCUGCCACUCCUGAUACAACAAGUCAACAUAAGAACCAUCUGUUUGACCUCAACUGCAAAAUUUGCAUAGGUCGAAUGGCACCACCUAGUGAUGACCUUUCUGGGAAAAAUGUGAAAGUGUCCUUUGGAGUUGCCCGUAAACCAUCAGACAAUGAAGCUGAAAGCAUAGCGGAUGCACUUUCUUCAACAACAAACAUUUUGGCUUCAGAAUUAUUAGAGGAAGAUACAGAAUUGCCAGAUCCAGCACUUGCUGCUGCUUCAAGCUCUAGAUCAGAAAUGCCUGGCAUGGUUGAAAGUGAAACACUAUUUCUGGCUCGCCUGAACUUCAUUUGGAAAGGCUUUAUCAACAUGCCAUCUGUCGCAAAGUUUGUUAUCAAGGCUUACCCGAUCUCUGGCUCUUUUGAAAGUUUAACAGAGGAUUUGCCAGAUAGCAUCCAAAUUGGUGGCAGGAUAUCACCCCAGACUGUUUGGGAAUAUGUUGAAAAAAUAAAAGCCAUGGGGACAAAGGAAAUCUGUGUGGUUCGUUUUACCCCCGUGACAGAAGAGGAUCAGAUUUCAUACGCUUUGCUGUUUGCGUACUUCAGCAGCAGAAAGCGUUACGGUGUAGCUGCAAAUACCAUGAAGCAAAUCAAGGAUUUAUAUAUCAUCCCUUUAGGUGCCUCUGAUAAAAUUCCACAUCAGCUGGUGCCUUUCGAUGGUCCUGGUAUUGAAGUGCACCGACCCAAUUUGUUGCUUGGGUUGAUAAUUCGUCAGAAGCUGAAAAGGCAGGCCAGUUCUGCUACCAGUAUGAACCCUAGUCCUGCUGAAGAGAGUCCUGAGAAUUUGCCCCCAGAAAAGAAGAGUAAACUGAGCAAACCUGAAGUCCUUCAUUCUGAAUCGGUGGAAAAAGAAGAGGAGAACGACUUCUUCAACUCCUUCACAGCUGUAUUACACAAACAAAGGAUCAAGUCGCAGCUAUCAAAUACUGAAGAGACAACUGUGAGUGAGCCUGCUGUGGAAAGCAUCAAACUUGAACCACCAAAGCCUCUGCGGUUCCUUCCCGGAGUUUUGGUUGGAUGGGAAAAUCAGCAAUCUGCUCUUGAGCUAGCAAGUAAGCCACUGCCAGUUGAUGACAUCCUUCAAAGUCUUUUGGGCACUACGGGGCAGAUGUCUGAACAUAUCCAGCCAGCAGUUAGCCAGCUUGCUAGUGAAGAUCUGCCUUUAUUAGAUAAAAAGCCAAGCAUAAAAGAAGAACAAAGGGACAUUCCUAUAGUAACUGCUGGAACUGAAGAAACGAAGGGGGAAAAGGACAAUUCAAAAGAACCCAUUGAUAAUUUCUCUGCAGCUGAUACACCAGUAGCCGAUGUCUCAUGCUCGUCAGAAAAUCUGACAAGCAUAAGUCUUAAGGGCAAACCACCAGAUGUUUCUACAGAAGCAUUUUUAGCAAACCUAACUAUUCUGUCACAGAACAAGGAAACCAAAGAGACUCCUGAAAGCAAUCUAAGGUUGGGUGACGGUGAUAAUGUUUCUCAGGAAAGGACCACAGAUUUUCCCAUCUCAUCGAGCACAGGGAAAGGAAUUGGGAGCAAUAAUGCUGGCAUAGCAUCUGUUGAUAAUAUGACUAUGAAUAGUUCACAGUUCAUCAAUCUUAAAAGGGAUCCAAGGCAAGCAGCGGGACGAGGCCUACAGAACAGUGCUUCAGAAAACGAUGGGGACAGUGUUAAGUACGAAGAAAUGCAGAAUAGUCAACAACCGGACACUUUAGAAACUGAACAGGCUAAAGUAGAUAAGCAACUGUCAGGAAACGACCUAGCCUCAGAUCAAAGUGAUAGUCAAGCGUGCAAGAAGUCGUUGGUUUCAGCUGCAUCUACAGCAGACAGUGUGUGCUCACAGCCGGAAAAUACAAAUCCGUUGUGUGAAGAAGCACUGAUGCCGAGCAUUGAGGCAGUACAUCCCGUUAGAAGAGGAUUAUUGACACCGCCGUCGUCAUCUCAGUUUGAAGCAGAUAAUGCCAGUGGUUCUGAAUUCAGUACCAAAAUGCCGAGCCCUGUUGCAAGUGGAAGCUUUUCACCAAUCAGGACUCCACAGCCAAAUUUUCAGCACACCAAAACUUCUCCACCUGGCUUUCAGUUUCAAGGGGCUGUUGCCCCUAAUUUUCCUCCCCAAAACAAUCCUGUGUUUGGCUUUCCUCCUCAUCUGCCCCCUCCACUCCUCCCUCCUCCAGGCUUUGGCUUUGCUCAGAACCCUCUGAUGCCUUGGCCACCCGUUUUGCACCUGUCAGGUCAGCCCCCACAUUUUGUUGGACCAGUUACACCAGUGCCACCCCUGGCUCAGAAACCGCCGAGAUUCUCGGGGCCAGAACACUUUUAUCAGAGUAGAGAUACCCGGAGGCCAGAGAGGCGUCACAGCGAUCCUUGGGGUCGGCAGGGUCCCCAUGUGGAGAGGGGAUUUGGUAGGAGGAAAAGCGACCAGCACAGGCAGAGGUUUUACAGCGAGACCCACCACCAGAAAAAGGGCAGGCAUGACUGGGAGCCGGAUUCCGAAAGAAGUAGGCAUAGAGAUAGAAACCAGGAAAAAGAAAGAGAGAGGAAAAGCAGGGAGGAAGGGCAUCGGGACAAAGAGAGGUCGCGACUUUCACAUAGUGACAAAGACUCUGAAGGCAAAUCCAGAGACAGUAGGAAUCUUGACAAGAAGGAAGCUCCUAAAAGUGAAGAGCGUGCUCAGGAGAAGGAGAGAGAGAAAAGUAGGGAGAGGCACAGAGAGCGAGAGAGUGACAAGCCCCGAGAUAGACAUCAAAAAGACAGGGACCACAGUGACCGGGGGAAAAACAAAAGGUAAAAGUAGCGGGGAAAGGGGUCCACAGCUUAUCUUCUAAAGUUUUUAAUAAACAGGAAAUAAUCUGUUUUAAAUAUGUCCUAAAACUCUGUAAAAAUAUAUGCUUGGGUAUCAGUUGUGCCAUCAGUUCUUUCUUUUUUAAAAAAAAUAUCCAGUGUUUAAUGUUUUGUAGAGACAAGUCUUGUUGGGUACCAACCGGUGUACCGCUUGCUCAUUUACUUUUACAUUCAGCCGCCCUAGGAGCAGAGGUUGAAUUGUUCAAAAUUUUACGUAGCUUGUAUAGACAAUAAUUUAAUGGUUUUCCUUUGAUAUGCAAUAAAAAGUGCAUAAAGGUUCUUUGUUCGAUUUGGCUUCAGUUGACAUAUUUGCAGCCUUUGGUGAUUUGUGCUCUCUGUUUGAAGAUGCUCCAGUAAAUAUAAAGGAGAAUUUUGUAUCAUUCACUCUUCCUAGAUUACACUGACUUAAAAAGAAAAGAAAAGACUGUGACACACUCUCAGAAACCCAAGUUUGGUUGCAGUAUACAGCAUACUUGAAUGGUGUUGAAGACUUUCAAAAGACAAGCAAAAGGAAAAAAGAGCAGUAUUUAUCAUCAUAUUCCCACCCCAUGCAUCUGAAACAGUUUUUGAGCAGAAAUUAGAAGGCUGCAUGGUCCAAAUUUUAUUGCUUUUAGAGUACACAUUUUAAUAAGGUUUUUUUAACAACCUUUAGCCUUUAUGCUAUAAUUUGUAUUAACUUCCCAACCAUUUCUCUUGCUUCAAAAACUUGAAUACCUAAGCUUGUACAUGACAUUGUGUUUUACUAUCCUUUAUAUUGUAAAAUGUAAAUAUUUUAAGGGAUAUUUUGAUUCUACAAAUGAUAAAGCCUUCUCACAGCUGUUGUUUGAUUGGUUUUAAUAGAUGUGAAGCAAUAGGCUAAACUGAUAUAACAGAAAGAUGUAUAAAUGUGGCUUGACUGGUAAUUUUUAACAACCCUAGGGCUUUUAAUAAAUAGAUCAGUAAAAUUUUGUGAUUUUCUGUGGAAAAUUAUAGUAUAUUGCUGUUUCUGUUGGAUACCAUUGCACUAUUCUGUUCAACAUCCUGUUUUGAAGAAUAUAGUAAAAUUAAGAGCAUUGUGGAUAAAGAAACUUAUUGAGUAAGAUCGCCUUAUCUAUUAACAUAUUUUUUUUUGCACUUUGGUAUCAAAAUAAACUUCCUUCCAAUAAUAUGUGAUUAAAGCAAAUUGUUAGGCUAUUUUAAAAUCCUAUUUAAAUAUAACAGCCGGUUUGCAAACCUUGCACAUGGCUUUAUAUAGUCAAAUUAAAAAUGCUAUAUCGUACAAUGUUUGAUGGUAGCUUUUAUUUAAAGAUAUGACUAUCCAGAUUGUUGGCUUUUAAGAAACACAAUUUUUUAAAAGCACAAUGUAUAUGUUAAAUAGAAAUUCAAGAUCAUGGUAAUUCUGAUGUAACAUUUGGAGGGAACGUUUGCAACUAUGUCCAGCACAGUUGUCUAAGCGAAUGUAGAAUGUCACCUUCUGGGACCAAGGUAUCACCCUCAAUCCCGCACCUGAGCUUUGUUUGUUUCCCCAGCACUUGUGAACACACUCUGGUCAGCAGGACUUCUCUGGGAAUCCUCCUCCUGUCUUUCUCUCUCUCCCCCCGCCCCCAACAGAAAGUAGAAAAGAAGCUUUUUCUACAUAGGAUCAGAUCAUCUUAGACUUAGCAUAACCAUUAAUGAAGGCCGUGAAUGGAAGAAGCACAGAUAGGUUUAUUAAUGAAUAUUCCAAGUGUUCUGAUUUUGAAUAGUUCUCAGGGUGGGGAUUGUUCGGAAUUUGUAUGGUGAGAAUCUGACUUCCUUGAGCAAUCUGCAAAGGGGGACCAGUCAUGUUUAUUGUGUAGCCCUGCGUUCGUGCUCUCGUGUCACAAGUAGAGUUUGUGGUAACUUUGUACAAAUGGAGCAAAUUUCUUUUUUUUUUUGUUUCCUCUUGUCCCUGUGUUGCAAAGCAGUGACCUGACUUGUUCAUGCCUUUUAUUCUCUGUGUUUUCUUGUGGUCUUAGAAUAAAGUCUGGUAGGUUAACUGGUGGGUUGUAUUGGAGUACUUAGGGCUAUGUGAAUAAUUUUCCUUUGAAAUUCUGGGCAAGCAGUUAUCAGACUUGCAUGAGUACAGCUACUAAUACUGUACAGUAUUUAAUGUAGUAGUAGUAACUGUGUCUGAAUACCUACCAACCUGUGCUCUGAAAUCAGCAAGGGAGGUCCUGCUUUUGAUCCUGCCAAUGUUAGAAUAUGGUGGCCCAUGAUUAUGGCGACCUAAGACAGGGCUUUCUUGGUGAUGGAAUUCCUUCCCUAGGUGUGGUUGGCUCCCACCCUUCUGACUUUUAUGCAUCAGCUAAAGGCGUAUUGUUUGCUUUGCUUUUGGGACAUGAAUUUGCCUUGGUAUCUAUCAAUCGAAGACAUUGUGCUUGUUGUAUUUUGCUUCUGAUUUUGUUUUCUAGUUGUAUUUUGUAGCACUUUGGAUGCUUUUGGAAGGAAGGGCAGUACAUAAACACAGAAUCAUAACCAUAGUAUUGUAAUAAUGUUUUGGUUUCCUGGGGAGGCAAAGAGAAUGGAGUCAAAGACCUUGCAUAGAUAGCAAAGGUCUUGCACUGUUUUAAGGUCCUUGACAUGGCAAUCAGUGAAAUGCUACUUCUGGGUUAAAUCGCCAUUUUGCAAGUUGAGAGCAAGCAAGGAUUGGAAAGUUGUUUCACAGUGAGAUGUUCACUGGUGUGUAAAUAAAUGAAGUAUUGCAGAAACUGAAAAACAGUAGGUUCAUAGGAAAUUCUAAGUUGAUUCUCCACAUGGAAGACAGUCAUUUUUCACAGUUAUAGAACUAGAAGAUGUACAGUUUCAAAUUGUGGGAUCCCCCCCUUCUCGUGGAUUCAAACACUGGCAUGCCAGUUCUACAUCUGAAUUGUGAGAGAAAGUACUUGCAAGUUGCUGGUGUUCCUGUUUAUGUACGGUAUGUUUCCCUUGACCUUUGUCAUUCUAAGAACUGCUCAUAUAUCCAACAAAGUCAUCCUGUUCAUGCAAUGGCUUCCACUUGGGCAACAACUCCCCCCACUGCAUGCAGCCCCCAAACCUGCUCUGAGUUUCCCCCUAACCCCCUGGAGCAGAUUGGGGGAGAAGAGAGGAAGUGGAAGGUAGUUGCACAAGUGGAAGUCCUUGUGUGAACAAGACACCUUUGUGGAAUGCAAUCCACAGGCUCAAAUAUGUGCCUGCAUGUUAAACAUCUGGGGAAGCAGUAGUUACAGGCAAGCAACUCUGUUUUUUCCCUAGUUAAAAAAAAAUAUGAAGAUGAAACCUGCUACUGUUGAUUUGAGUAUUUUUAUUGUUUUUAAUUAAAUAUUUUACCAGGUUACAGAAGUACAUAUAUUGUCUCUAUUUUCAAAUAAGUCCUUUUUACAGAUUAGUUAUAUUCAAUGUGAGACUUUAAUGUUGUAUACAGUAUAAGAUUGGGGGAGAAGAAGGGUGGAGUGAGAGAGCGAGGGGAGAGAAGGGGGAAGUAAACUUUCAUUCUUUUACAUAGUGUGUGUGCGAGGUUUUUGUGUCAGCGUCAGGUGAGUAGGUUCUCUUUCAUUUAUUACCGUAUUUAUAUGAAUCAUCAUUACAUUAUAUCAUUGAAUCUAAUGCACACCUCCAUUUUCAAAACUUUGAAACCAAAAAAGUAUAUGCCAGCGCCAUCAAAUCUAAUGCACACCCUAAUUGUCACUACGUAAUUUGACCAAAAAAGGUGUGCAUUACAUUCCAGUAAAUACAGUAGUUUUCGACAGUGAGAGAGGUUGGGGGCCCCAGGGCAUGGUUGGUUGCCUUUAGUUGACUGCAGUGGGUUUUGUUUGUGUGUGUGAAAGAGAGGGGUUGUUGGGUCAAGUUAACCAUAUUGAUUCCUAUGCUGUCGGUUCUUGUUGUCUUGGUGGGUUGUGUGUGUAAUAAAGGGGAACCACACUGGGGAGAAGGCAUCCUCUUUUAUUUGUCCCCAUGUCAGUUUCGGUUUGUUGGUUAGCUUAGCUUUUCUAGUUGGGCUGUUUCCCAUACAGUUGGGUACUAGUGGUCCAUGUUCACUCCUGGCAGGUCCCUCCAGUGUCUAGCUCUGAUGCUCCUGGCUGCUGAGGGUAGGUGGCUUAUAAGCUCUUUGGGGUGUGAGUGUGCAUUUGAUGUAAACAUUUUAUUAGACAGUAAGAACAAGAAGCAAAAGGAGACACUGAUGGUUUUAGUGAGAAUUUUAUUUGAAGGCUAUGCAACAAAUAUAGUUUUUGUAUAUCGUUAUAUGGGUACACGUUUUGAAGUGUUGCAAUUUUCAUUUAUUACAUAGCAGUGUUUCAACAGAAUCAAUAGGGCAAGCCUACAUUUAUUCCAGAGGAUUGACUGCUGCUUAAAACACCAGCUCCUCAGAGGCUGCAAUCCUGAGUGCUUUUCAAAGGUAAAUGAUGACAGCUUCUACAUUAAUCUUUCUAAUUGAGGCUCAACUUGAUGGAGAGAAAAGUUGAAAAAUGUUUAUGAAGGUAACAUGUUUGCUACAUGUCGCUAGCUUUGUCAGCAUGACAAAGCUGUUAUUAGCAUAAAACGUUCCUUACCAUUUUCCUUGGAAACUUUUAUGUUUCACUUGAGGAAAACGAGGCAGACCAGUUCCCCCUGCACUUGACACUGGGCUGAGGUUGGGCAAUUGGAUUAGGUUGAGUGUCCUUCCCCUUGGCUCAGCCAGGCUCCCCCUUCCACCCAGUAUAUGGCUGGUUGGGAAGCCUGCUGGCUGGAGCCAGAGGAAAGCCACCAAACAGUGUAUUCCCAGGGAGAGUGGUGGGCUUGUGCUGACCUGGGAUCUGCUGGCACCUGAAGUCAUUGCCAUUGUGUGACUGCAACGGUCCCAGCAGCUGUCACGAUCAGGAAAGCUGUGAUUGUGGUGGCUCUGCCACUUUGCAAAGCCCCAUGGCAGGAGGCGGCAGUUUGGAUUGUGUUUUCCAUUUUUAACGUCAGGCAAUAUGGAGGUUAAUGGCAAAAGAAAUUAGGGUUGAGCACUUUUCCAAACAGCUUAGCCUGAUGCUACACGGGUAUGAGAUGUGAAUGGUAUUUUCUAGCAAUCAUAAUGCAAGUACUUCUGUCAUCAUCUGCUCCUUCCCCUUCUCCUCCCCCCCUUCCUAAACAUCACUUCAGUGUCAUUGUUAUAGUAUACAGUGCUUUUCCCCCUGAACCAAUAGGUGCCGCAACACACCUCCCUCAGAAGACCCACCCCAGAACUUAUCUUCGGGGUGUGUGUUCUCCUCGCAAGCCAGAGGCAUUCUCUGACAGGCUCUUGUUUGUGGGGCUGCCUCAGCUGCCACCGCACAGGCAGAGGUGUGGGUGGGCCACCUCUUUUUCCCCGGAGGAAGAGGCAGCCCACCCAUGUGAAGGUGGGGGCUGAGGUAGCUCCGUGAACAGAGCCUAACAAGCUCUGUUCGCAAGGCUGCCUUUCCAUGGGUGGGCGGGCAAGGCUGCCUCUUCCUACUGGCAGAGAGGCAACCUGCCUGCACUCCCCCUCAUGUGAAGGCUGCUGAGGCACAGAUUGGAAGCUUCACCCAGCGGUAAAUCACAAGUGAAACCACCAUGCUCUACUGGGCAUUGGGACUGAGGAGCGGCAGCAGUUUCACACGCAAUAUACCGCUGGGUGAAGGCACCAUCGUGCUCUGGCCCUCAUACCAUUCCUGCGAUGUAUUGAUAUGUCAACCAGACCUAUUGUUGAGGCUGCUCAGGUGAAGCUUCUCCCCAUCAGCUGAGCAGUUUAACAAGCU